UGUUUUCAAGUCAGCAAAUAUUUAUUGAGCAUCUACUGUGUACAAGAUGAACAUCUGCAACAAGCCCUCCAACAAGACAGCCCCUGAGAAGAGCGUGUGGACGGCACCUGCGCCGGCCAGCGGCCCCUCCCCGGAGCUGCAGGGCCAGCGGUCCCGAAGGAACGGGUGGAGUUGGCCCCCUCACCCACUCCAGAUUGUGGCCUGGCUGCUGUACCUCUUCUUUGCUGUCAUCGGCUUCGGGGUCCUCGUGCCCCUCCUGCCUCACCACUGGGUGCCUGCUGGCUACGCUUGUAUGGGUGCCAUCUUCGCCGGCCACCUCGUGGUGCACCUGACGGCUGUCUCCAUCGACCCAGCAGAUGCCAACGUGCGGGACAAGAGCUACACAGGCCCCCUGCCCAUUUUCAACCGUAGCAAGCAUGCUCACGUCAUUGAAGACCUGCACUGCAACCUGUGUGACGUGGACGUGAGCGCUCGCUCCAAGCACUGCAGCGCCUGCAACAAGUGUGUGUGCGGCUUUGACCACCAUUGCAAGUGGCUCAACAACUGCGUGGGCGAGAGGAACUACCGGCUCUUUCUCCACAGUGUGGCGUCGGCCUUGCUGGGCGUCCUGCUCCUCGUGCUGGUGGCCACCUAUGUCUUUGUGGAGUUCUUUGUCAACCCCAUGCGGCUGCGCACCAACCGCCACUAUGAAGUCCUGAAGAAUCACACGGAUGUGUGGUUUGUGUUCCUGCCCGCGGCCCCAGUGGAGACCCAGGCUCCGGCAAUCCUGGCCCUGGCUGCCCUCCUCAUCCUCCUGGGCCUGCUCUCCACAGCCCUGCUUGGCCACCUGCUUUGCUUCCACAUCUAUCUCAUGUGGCACAAGCUCACCACCUAUGAGUACAUCGUGCAGCACCGUCCACCACAGGAGGCCAAGGAGGCCCACAAGGAGCUGGAGUCGUGUCCCCGCAAGAUGCGGUCCAUACAGGAGAUGGAGUUUUACGUGCGAAAUCUGAGCCAUGUGCGUCCGGAUCCCCCUGGGCAGGCCAGGCCUGCAGCGGUGAAUGUCGACUCCACCCAGUUCUUUGCCACCAGUGGCCACAGGGAGCCCGCACCUUCGUCCUCCCCAGAGGCCCUGGCGUUGCCACCCCGGAUCCGACCACAGAAAAAGAGAAAGCGGCGCGUGUAUAAAGUUCCGAUCUCUGGGACCCUGGACCUAGCACCUGCACGGCCUCGGUUGCCAGGCUCCCGGGCGUCGGGCCGCCGUUCCAGCUCCUCGUCGGAUUCCACAGGCGCCAGCCCAGUGCGCGCCGCGGGGCCCGCAGGCGCCUAUCACUCGGCCUCGGCCGAGUCCAUGGACGAGAUUCCGGUGGCGCAGACGCGCCUGGGCAGCGCCGCCCUGGCUGUGCCCGGGGCCCGGAGCCGCGAGCUGGGGCUGGGGCUGCCUGCACGAGCGCCCGCCGUCUUCGUGAGCCCGAGCAGCGGCGAGCCCGGGGCCCGGGGCGGCCUGGAGACCAGCGCGGCUUAG